AAACGUAAAAAAAAAAAAAAAAAACGGCCACGCAAAUACAACACAUGAUUACACAAUGUCAUAUCUCGUCAUCUGCUUUUAUUUACUGUGAAGUUUCAAACCACUUUAACAGACAUCCGCUGUUCACUAAAAGAGCGCCCAUGGAUCUUUUGCGCAAUUUCCUCUGGUUAUGGGUGAUAAUUGUUACUAUUUUUGCCUGGAUUGUGAUCAGCCUCAUCUUCAUCUUCAUCAACAAGUGCAUAUCAAGAGCAGGAAAACACAGAAUCACACAGUUUCCCAGAACGUCUUCCGACUUCACUGCCAAGAGCAACCCAUACCAGGAGAGAACCUUUGAAGCCGAGACCCCACCUUUACCUCCUCGGCAUCAGUUUCUCACAGCAGAGGCCCAAAGCUAUGAGAACCUGGCUGAGGAGUACGUGCAGAACUUUUCUGACUACAAACAGAGCAUCCCCAACUACGUCCAGGACGUCCCUGACUACGAACAGAGCAUCCCCGACUACGUCCAGGACGUCCCUGACUACGAACAGAGCAUCCCCGACUACGUCCAGGACGUCCCUGACUACGAACAGAGCAUCCCCGACUACGUCCAGGACGUCCCCGACUACGAGCAGGACAAGCAGUCUGACUAUGUGAUGGUAGAGGAUGAGGACGAGCCUCUUCCUCUUCCUCCACGGUACCAGGAUGCAGAUCCAGUGGCGGACAACUCCUUCGAGGAGGAGGACUACGACGACAUUGGAGGUGAAGACGAAAACGAGGGCGACGAGGACUACGACGACGUGGGUUAAGACGACAAGAGAACAGGCAGAGAGAUUAUUGUAAAAAGGACACUUUUGACUCUCAUAACUAGAUCUCGCUGAGCAGAGACAUCGGAGCGAAGUUACUCUGGCCGGUGGUAGUUUUUUAAUAUAAUUCAUAACAAAUGAAAUAGGUGAAGUUAUCUGUAUUUGUAUUGUAUAUAAGUACAAAGAGGAGCACUGAAGAGGCAGAGUAUAUAAGUGUUAUUCAGAUAAAGGUUUGAUUCUUGUAACUUUAAACAACAUUAAAGGCUUCAAGCUGUUUAUUUUAAGUUAUUUAAGUGCUUGUUCUGAAAAAUCAACCUAGCAGUUAUUUGACAUAUCUUGCAUAGUUUGAAUAUUUGUUAGUUAUUGACAACAUGUGUGACUAACUGAUCAGACAGAGGUUAUCAAAAAUAUAUUUAUCCUUUUUAUGUUUCUGAUUCAAAACCUACUGGAUAAAUAUUUAAAUGACACCAGUGGUUUGGGGGCCCCUGGUGGCAGCAGGGCCCUUCUCAGCCUCUAAGUCAGUUUGUACUGUAUGAUUAUGCCUAUAUACAAAUAUUGGAUCUAAAAAGGGGCAAAAAUCUACAAAAAAUAAGUAAUUUGGUCUCCAUUUAUGAAAAACUGCCGUAGGCCAACAAUUUGGUGACCUACAUACAUAAUCUCUCACAGUCUGACCACAUAAUAAUAUGCUGUCAGUCAUCAGUCACUGCCUCACUUGGCCCUGGGAAAUUUUAAUGGAUAUAAGUGGGUUUGGAUGCCCUCAGUUUGGGAUUAAGGGAGCUGACGACGCUCCAAAGAGACGAUGCAGAAAAAAAAAAAAUGCUCCAAAAAAAA